GCUUUGCAGUAUUUUUAACUGACUCAACUUUGGUACAGUUCCAUUGACGUGAACUUGAGUGUCUUUAGUUUUUAUUAGGAGGUCACUGAAAGCAGCAAUAUACAGUAAAUUCCACUAAUAAGGUGCUAAAUUUCUGCUCUGAAGGACUUCCAGUUAAAUAUGCAAGGUGCACAACUAAUGGAAGAGAGAAAUGAUGGCGGAUGAUUUAGAAAAAUUUAUUGAAAACCAGAAGGCCAAGUUGGCACAAGAUAAGGCAGAGCUUGAAAAUGAUCCACCUUACAUGGAAAUGAGGAAUAAGGAAUCCGAGAAACUUUCUGAAACUAGCAAGAUGUUAAUCUCCAUGGCUAAAGAAAAUAUACCUCCAAAUAGUCAACAGAGCUAUCCUUUAGGUGACUAUGGCUUGAGUUUACCUCUUGGAGAAGAAUAUGAACGAAAAAAGCAUAAACUCAAAGAGGAACUUCGACAAGAUUACAGGCGAUAUCUUUCUCAGGGUAUUUCACAGGCAAAAAGAAAGAAAAAUUGCCUCACUGCUGGUGAAGUAGAUCCACGUACUCAGGGAUUAUCUCUUCCUAUUGAUGAACGAAAAUCUGCCAAGGAGAGAUUACGGCUUGAGAGAAACAAGGAGUACAAUCAAUAUCUCAGGGAUAAAGAAGAAUGGAAUGAAAGGCUAAGGAAAUUAGGAAAGAAAAACAGAGAGAAUGAGAUGCACAGGAAUAAAACACCUAUUGCUGUUACCAGGCUCAAGCCAGAAUUACAUACAGAAGUCCAGCCCUGUAAAACAGGUGCAGAACCUCCCAAGAAGGAUGCUUUUACUUCCACAGAAGGUUGUGAAGAGCUGAUAAAUAAGAGAUGGCUGGAGGAAGACAGGUACCACAGGUUAGAUGAUGAGGUUGAGUUGAGAAGUCGACUGUUAAAUAAAAGACUUGACGAGGAUUUGGAUGUUCCCAAUCGAAGACAUCAUGGAUUUUCUAGCCAAUCUGUAAUUCCUACUAGGAAGCAUCACAGAUUUGAUGAAGAUGGUGAUUUUGGUAGAAGAUACUACAGACUGGACUAUGAUCCUGAGACAAAUGCAGAAAUGGACCCUAGAUUUAGAUGCGAAAGCACCUAUGACAGAAAAACUCCCCGGGGUUUUUAUGCUGAAAGGCCCUUUCUGAAUGGAAUGGUAAGAGAUGUACCUGCAGAUUAUGAAGACGAAUUAAAGGAGAGAGCACGUGUGCGGCCAUUCUCAAGAACUGGAGAUUCUAGAAAUCAGGUACAGAUUAGUUCUUCAGCUAAUGAGCAGGCCAAGUCUGCAGCUGAACGGCGGUAUGCAACAGGCCUUGUUCUUGGUGGUCAGGACCGAGAACUUCUCCGAAGAAGAAAGGAGAAAUACAGACAAGAACUAAUGGAACAGAUUGCUGAGCAACAGCGAAAUAAGAGACGUGAGAAGGAACUUGAGCUCUCGGUUGCUGCUUCUGGAGCUCAAGACCCAGAAAAGAAGCCAAAUAGAUUGAAGCAGUUUGGCUUAACAGCAAGAGCUUUUGAAGAGAAAGUACCUCCUGAAAGGCCCAGGGUGGCUUUCCAAACUCCAAUGCCUGCCCGUUCAGCCUCUCCUGUGAAUGAAGACUCUCAAAGUGAUAAAGACUUUCAGAGGGGUGUAGUCAGCAGUCUUGGGGAAAUGGCAGCUCCCAGGCUUGCACCAUUGCCACCGCCUCCACCACCAGUUUUGACAGACAACUAUAAAACACCUUAUGAUGAUGCUUAUUACUUUUAUGGCGCUAGGAAUCCUUUGGAUCCUGCUCUUGCAUACUAUAGUACAGAUAUGAUGGGAACACAACCCAUGCCUGGUCUGGAUCCUUUAGGCCAAGCUCCAAUAGAGCAGCCUAUUAACAUUGGACAGAGGAAUACAGGAGACAGACAAAGAAGCACAGGAGUGUAUUCCGAAGAAAAAACAAAGCCUUCCAAAGAGGCAACAUUAUCUUAUCAACAAGAAUUACAGCAACAGAUAAAAGAGAGAGAAGAGCGACGCAGACAAGAGCGAGAGGAGAAGGAGAAGUUAGACGCAGAAAUGAGGAAUUACAAUCCUUGGGGAAGAGGUGGUGGUGGUGCUCCUCUGAAAGAUGCAGAAGGAAAUCUAAUAACGGACUUGAAUAUCAUGCACAAGCGAAAUGAAGAGGCAUAUCAUAAUCCAGAGGCAAGACUAUAUGAAGAUAAAAGGGCUAUUGUUGACCUAAGUUUGGCCUCCUCGAGACCUGAGAACUCAGAAGCAUCUCCAAAUAAAAUAGCAGGUAUUACAUUUGCACAGGCCUCUCCUUUUGCUCGAGGUAAUGUGUUUGGGGAACCUCCAUCUCCAGAGCAGCUUAAGCGACAGGAAUCCUACAAGAACUUCCUGCGUCUACAGAUUGAAGAAAAGAGACGUAGGGAAGAAGCAGAGCGAGAAAAACUUAGAAUGGAAGAAGAAAAAGAAGAAAAACGACUCGCAGAGCAGAGGAUGAGAAUUCAAAAAGCAUAUGAAGAGGAACUAGAGGAGAGAAGGAGGAAAGAUGAGGAGCGAAGGUUGAAAAAUAAAGCAGUAAUUCACUUAGAGGAAGAAAGGAAAAAAGAGGCAGAAAAACAGCGAAAAGAAAAAGAAGAAAAGCAAGAGGAACAACUUAGACAAUAUUUUGAGAAAGAAAAGAUGGAAGAGGAAAAGAAGAUGUUAUCACGACAAUCUUCGCCCAUCAUUCCCGCUCUUCAGAACAAAUCAGUAAGGAAAGAAGAGAGGAUUUCCUCUGCUGAGAGCCGUCUGUCCCACUAUGCACAAGAUCCUGCACAGCCAAGAGCUCCUUCUCCACCUGUCCCUGCUAGAAGGAAUCAGCUGCGUUCAUUAGAGGAAAGGAAGAAUGUGAUAAAUGAAUUAUCAGAGAUGAGGAAGCAGCUUCGUAGUGAAGAGAGAAGACUGCAGGAACAGUUGCUAAAUGUGGCCAGUUAUGAUAAUGUACCAAUUACACGGAGGAGAGAGAAGAAUCCAAGGGACAUAUUUGAGAUGGCCAGGCUUCGUCUGCAGGCUCCAGUUCGGCGACCUUCCUUAAAGGAGGCACAAGAUCCUGUCAAUAUACAGAAUAUCUGGGAAUUUAAUGAACUUAAAUACAAAGAUCCUGAAACUCGUAUGGGCUUGAGGCAAAUGUAUCCUGAUCCUCCAAGAGAUGACCAGACUCUAGAAAUUCAACAGCAGGCACUGUUGAGGGAGCAGCAGAGGAAACUUGACAGAAUGAGAAUGAGGAGAGAAACAGAAGCUUUUGAUGACCAAGAUGAUUCUGCUUUGGACAGCUACCUAGAAACCAUGGGCCCGUUCAGGACCAAAUCUAGUGAAUUCCAGAAAAAUUCACUGUUGGAAUCGGAUAGCGCUUUUAUUGGUGCUAAUGGGGAAACGUUUUCUGCCUUAGAAGAAGUGAAUUUAUUACCACAGCAUCCAUCUUCUGCAAGGGAGAGGAGACGACUAAAGCAGAGAGCUUUGGAGAGUGCUGAGGAAGUUCCACCAGGGCAGACACCCUUGCUGCAGCCUGACAGCUUCUCUUUGCACUCAGACUUCAGCCUCGAUGUUGAUCAGGUGAAAGGCAAGAAUGAGGAACGACUGCACAGACUGACUGAGCUCCAGCAGAAAUCUCCUUCCUUGGGUGAUGACAUUUCCUUAGGGGACGUGGAUGACCUUCUGAAGCGCUCUCAGUCCCACGCCAGCUCCACUGACACGGUGGCGACAGAGCCCUGGCUGCGACCAGGAACGUCGGCCACGCUCCGGCGGCUGCUGGCGGAGCAGCCAGGCUCAGCAAGGCUGUCCCCGGAGAAGGCGCUGCCGCUGGGCUGGCAGGGCCUCUCCACCGCGCACGGCUGACUGCGCCCGGCGAGCCGCGGCCGAGGAGGCAGCGCCCGCACCGCUGCGCCUGCCACGGAAUCCUGCAGGGAGAGUUCUCUCCCGUGUACUGCGCGGAGCUGUGUGUGGAAUUGGAAACAGCAAUAAUAAAGGAUCAGACACUGCAGUGGAACCGAGGUGUAGCGCAGGGAUGGUUUCUGUUCCGUGACAUGGGAAAUGGAGGAAUAGCUUGGCAGCUUUUGCACUUUUUAUACAACUUAAGUUUCAGCCUCAGAAACAGUGUGGUGUAUAUGAAUUUGAUAUUAAAUCAGAGAUAUUUUUUAGCUUUAUAGUCAAAACUUUUAAAACUUGCUGGCAUUAGGACAGCCCCACAGCACAAGGGCAUUAGGUUUUUACCCAGAGAGUGAGUAACUUGAAGAAGGACACUUGGUUUUCACACAGAGUAAAUGCUGUCCUGCAUGAAAGCACAGCUAACACUUUCAUAGUAAUUUUUUUCCUAUCAGCAGUGUGUCUUACAUUCCUGAACUUGUCAUGUGCUGAAAAUACAGAUAUUGUUGAAUAUAUUUAUGUUUCUGAUUGAAGAGUUUAAUAAAGUAUUUUGCUACUAAAAUUA